GAACAGCGCGUGACAGGUAUAAUGGUCUCCGUUUUCCUCGGCCUGUCUGUUUUGAUGACGGAAGUUUUGAAGCAUAUCCCAAUGCCUGUGCUGUACGGUGUUUUCCUGUAUAUGGGCGUUUCGUCCCUCUGGGGCGUACAGAUGGUCGAUCGUUUGUUGCUUCUUCUGAUGCCUAUGAAAUAUCAGCCGGACUACGUCUAUCUUCGUCAUGUGCCAGUCAGACGUAUUCACCUCUUCACCUUUAUUCAGAUCAGUUGCUUUGUCGUACUCUGUGUCGUAAAGGAGAUUCGCGAGACGUCCAUCAUUUUUCCUGUCAUGCUUGUGGUCAUGGUCGGAGUGAGGAAGUUGAUGGAGUUUAUAUUUACUGAACGCGAACUGAAGUAUCUCGACGACAAGAUGCCUGAGAUAACGCUAAGGAAGAGGGAGGACGCGAAAAAGAAGAAAGAAAAGGAACGACAAAACGCCGCGAUCAGCAAGAUGAAGCCGGUGCAGACCGAAAGCAACCUGCACAUCCCUCUGACUUCGGGCAACGUGAUGCGCAUCCCGUUGCAGAACAUGGGCGAACCAAAGCGUCGCCUGGAAUCGAUCGAUCUUUCCGAAGAAGUGAAUCGUUCAGGUCUUUGGCAGCACAUUUCCACAUCUGACGGACCGAUCAGUUCAAAAUCUAGUUCAGAAAAGUAA